GCCCUGUUCAGUAUGGAUGGAUGUACCAAAUAGAGAGGAGAUUGGGUACUUUGAAGAAUUUUGUGAGUAACAGGGCGAGGCCUGAAGGAUCAAUUGCGGAGGCCUAUGGCGCAAGUGACACCUUGACAUUUUGUUCGAGGAGCCGACAGGAGGACAUACAUCGAUGAUAAGAUGUAUUUCAGACUAGUUUGGUAUGUUCUAAACAAUUGUACAGAAGCUGAGCCAUAUGUGGACAUCUACAGGGCAGAGUUAUUGCAAGAAGGGCCACAUGAUGUUGAAAAAAGGCUUGAAAAUGGUUUUCCUAACUGGUUUAGGAGCCAUAUCGCCAAGAAGCGUACAGAUCGUCCAGAAGAGGUUACUGAUGGAUUGUAUGCUUUGUCUUGUUUUCCUGAUCUUCGAGUGGGGUUUUGGUCUGCUUGCAUUGUCAAUGGAGUCAGGUAUAACACAGUGCACCGUGAGAAAUACUUGCAGACUCAGAACAGUGGUGUAAUGACUCCAGGUACUCAUGGUGAUGCUGAAAUUGAUUUUUAUGGUGUCCUUAAUGAGAUUAUUGAGCUGCAGUAUAACGCCACUGCACCAGCCACUCGGUCUGUGGUUCUCUUUGGAUGUGAUUGGUACAAUCAAGUAGUAGGCAAGACAACAGGCAUCAGAGAUGAUGGACAUUUCAAAUCCAUUAACAUUCAGUCAUUGUGGUACAAGUCUGACCCUUACAUUUUGGCAACUCAAUCCAAAAAGGUAUUCUACAUGGAAGACACAGCUUUGGGAAAGAAUUGGCGAGUAGUGCAGAAAUUUGAGCAUAGGGACGUGUAUAAUGUGGCUGAAAAAAGUGACCUCGUUUACCAAGAAGACUGCUGUUCUCAUACAAUGCAGCAAGGUGAGGGUGAUGGCGAAGUGCAGCAAGGUGAUGGUGAUGAGGUUGAGGUCAAUAAUCAGGAUGGCAAAUAUACUAGAAUUGAUGGUCGUUUACAUGAACUUAUGAGAAACAAGAAGCGAGCCAACAUUUCUGUAGAUGCAGAGGAGGAGGAAGAUGACACUGUGAUGGAAUAUUUUAGUGAUAAUGGCAAUGAAAACGCUGAAGAUGAAGAUGAGGAGUUCCAGAGGUUCUUGUUUCAGUCUCAAGCUGAAACAAAGAGCAUGGAGGAACCAACUCCCAAGCUGCUGAUGAUUAUGCUAUUGGGAGUGCACAUGCAGAGGAAUCAAUUGCUGCUGGUGAUUACGCUGUUGGUUGUGCACCGGAAGAGGAACCAACUGCUGCAGCUGAUUGUUGAGAAGCCUGAAGUGUGCUCUGCUAAGUCUGUGACCGCUACUGAGAUAGAGGGGCAACAACCAUAUGGUGUGCGUGCUGAAAAUGCUGUGUACACAAUCUCAGCAGCUGAAAGGAAGCUUGAUCGCAGCAAAACAAGGGUAGUCACCCCUGAAGAUGUUGUUGUUGGCCGAUCAACAGAAAAACAAAAAGUUAUUGAUUUAGUUGGUCACCCAAACGACAGCCACAGCUUCAAGGUGAUAUCUGUUUGGGGGAUGGGUGGUAUUGGGAAAACUACGCUUGUCAGAAGCGUCUACUGA